GUGUGUUUGAUGAUCCKCACCGCUGAGUUUUGCCGCUUGUUUCGUUGUAGAAACAAAGUAACAAUGUUCUUUCUGUUAAUAUAAAGGCCACCUUUAAAUUGUGAGGUUAAUUUUCAGGAGAAAUUAAAUGAAAGUGUUUAGAAGGCGUGUUUGAAUCAUGCAGACAGAGAAAGAAGAGGACGACGACGACGCGUCUCCUGAAGAGUUUGUUGCUUUGUGUGAUUUCUCUGGAAGUGGCACCGAGCAGCUUCAUUUCAGCUCAGGAGACAAGCUGCUUGUUCUGUCCAAGCCUACAGCAGACUGGUGGUGGGCAGAGCUGCUGGGGGUCAAAGGUUAUGUUCCUGCCAGCUACCUGCAGCAGCACUCAGCUGAGGAGGAGGACAACUCUUCAGAGGACCCUUGGCAGGAUGAAGAAUACUUCGGCAGCUAUGGGACACUGAGGCUUCACCUGGAGAUGCUGUCAGACAGGAGCCGCACUGAGACGUACCGGCAGGUGGUCCUCAGCAACAGCGCUUCCCUGAAGAACAAGGCGGUGAUGGACCUCGGCUGUGGGACCGGGAUCAUCAGCCUGUUCUGUGCUCAGCUGGCUCAGCCUUCGGUGGUGUAUGCUGUGGAGGCCAGCUCCAUGGCGGAGUUCACCARGCAGCUGGUAAAGCAGAACGGCUGUGAGGAGGUGGUCUCGGUGCUCCAGGGCCGAGCCGAGGAGCUGGAGCUGCCGGAGCAGGUGGACGUCCUGGUGUCCGAGUGGAUGGGCAACUGCUUACUGUUUGAGUUCAUGGUGGAGUCGGUUCUUGUGGCCAGGGACCGCUGGCUCAGAGAUGGAGGAGUGAUGUGGCCCUCCUCUGCUGCUCUUACCCUGGUUCCAUGUCAGGCGGACAGCUAUUACACAGAGAAAAUGGCUUUUUGGGAGCGGCCCUAUGGCUUGGAUUUCACUCCUCUUCAGUCUUUAGCACAGCAGGAGUUCUUCACCAAGCCUAAAUUCAGUCACGUCGUAGAGCCCAACGACUGCCUGGCUGCUCCCUGUGACGUCCUCAGUCUCGAUAUGUACACUGUCCAAGUGAGAGACCUUGAGGAAAUGAAGGGGGAGUUUCRCUUUUGGAUGGAAAAGUCUGGAGUUUUCCACGGAUUCACAGCCUGGUUUACAGUCCAGUUUGAGAGCCUGGAGAAGGGAGGAGCGKCAGUGGAGCUGAACACUGGACCGAACUCGGAGCUGACCCACUGGAAGCAGACUUUGUUCAUGCUGGACAGACCGGUCAGUGUGAACGCUGGAGACUCCAUCAGAGGAUCCAUUGUCCUGCACAGGAACCCGAUCUGGAGGCGUCACAUGACCGUUACCCUGCACUGGAACAUCAACAACAGCGCAGAUGAUGCAGACAACAGCCAGRUUGGGGCAAAAAGUUUCCCCAUGUGGAGGUGACAAACACAGCAGCAGUGAUUGACAGAAAACCAGUUCCAGUACAUCACACUCCAGCUGAUUCCUAAUCAGGUUUGAUCACGAGAGUACGGCCUUCAGAGGGUCGACUGGCAGGAGGUCUGGUCCUGUGGUGAUCAGCCUGAUAUCUGCAAGAGCAGGUGGUCACACCAAGAGUCAAAGAUAAACACCUGAGUGAAAAUCAGGGUUAAUAUCAACCAGAGGUGGACUGAAUGUGGUGGGUAACAGAAGAAAAUACCCAUCACUCUACAUUUUAUGUUUAUUUUACUCACUUUAUCCUGAACAAUUAGAUAUCAUCGUACGCUGCAAUUUAAACUUACAGAACAUGUCAUUUAGAGAACAUUUUUAUAACAAUGUCUAACGGUUUGGGAUCAUAACACUUUUUAUACACCUAAAAAUCAAAGUGAACAAUGCAUACAACAGACUAAAAUAUGCAAUAAAUACACUAAACAAAUGCUGCAGUUUGGUUUAAAGUCAAAUGCUGAUUAUAAAAGGAAAAAAAAAAACCUCACACACAUUUUAAUAAUUUGUAACAGUUCUCCAAGACCAGCAUUUUGGCCUCUUAGGUCUUCAUUUUAAAAUUUCUAAUUUCUAAAAGUGUACAAUAAAACUUGUUUUCAAUAAAAGUAAAAUAAGAGCUUAAA